AUGGAAGGUCGCAAUCAACAGGCUCACAGCGAUACCAGCUUCCGGCGCAUAGGACAAGGCUUCUGUGGUUCUGUUUGGGCAGCUGAAGGAGACAUCAUUGCUAUGAAAAGAGAAGAUGGCGGGCCGGGGAGAUCAAUACUCAACGACUACAACAUGCUCAAACGCGUCCUUGAGACAGUUUCGCAGCAGGGUGCAAGGAUCGCGUGCGUGCCACGUUGGCCGAGAUUUGUUCACAGUGACGAUUCGUGGUGGGAAAAGAACCUUUCCAGAUUUCCCAAAGGUUAUACUGCCUGCAAUGUGCUCUGCUCGGAACGCAUACCACGGUUACCGCGGGAGGUGAGGGACCGUCUCGUGGAUCGGUACUGUCCCCCACCGUCAGUCCAGACCAUCAAGAACAACGACGCAGACCGAGAUUGCUUGGUACGCCUCUACCUUGGCCGUCGAAAGAUCCAGCAAGAGGCUAGGAGAGGGCAGAAUUUCUUCUCCUUGCGGAACUAUCCAUUGCAUAUAAACCAGGCGGAAGAGCUGGAUCUGCAAGUGGUAGACUACGCGCACGCCAUGGCAGAGUCGCUCGCUGUGAUGCACUGGACCGCCAGGAUAGAUGCGAAUGAUGUCGAGUUUGUUCUCGGAGGGCUUCAAAACACCGACACCGACACCGAAGCCAGGACCGGAGAGUUCACCAAUGACUUCUUCGGAUCCCACAGCUUAUGGCUCCUGGAUUUUGACUGCUGCAAACCGUUGACAAUGGACGACGCAGGCGUCGAGCAAGCUGCUCGUGCCUUUUUGAGGAACGAUCCGUAUUUCCCGCGUCCUGCAAGCAACCGUUCUUCAGACUACGCUCUGUGGCAGGAGUUUAAAGGGUGGUACCUUGAGCGCAGCAGACCUCUUGUCACCAGCGGUCACCUCAGCUUGCCAGAAAAAUUCAUUACACGGGUAGAAGACCUGCAUGAAGAAGCCAUGCAGAAGAGACCGGCAGACACAAGCCACCGCACGUCAAGUUAG